AAUAAUAUAAAACGACUUUAGUGUGAUAUUUGUUCAUAAAGUGAUUGAAAACGGUGUGUUAUGAUUAAGAUAUCUCUAUUUCUAAAAUUUUAAUAAUAUUUUAGGUACUUAAAUAAUUUUGAUGAAAAGACAUUUUUGUGGGGCAGUGUAUCUCUGUGUGUUCUGGCUUAUUGUGGAUAAACAAACCUACCUAUUGAAGGAUCCUUGCGAGAACUAAUAGUGGUAAUAAUUGUGCUUGUUCAUUAGAAAUAUAUUAAUACAUACACGUACCUACUACAUUGUCUUCCCCGUGGCAAAGCUACAACUUAGUUUUUCAGUUAACUACAAUACAGUCGAGACCAAUACUGUCUUACUAUAUAUGUAACAAAAUAAAGAGCAAUAACUAUAAAAUAAAGAAAUAACCAUUGAACUAUGCAAUGUUCCCGUGACGUUUGAAUGGCGGCCAUAUUAACAGGCGUGUUGAACGAGAGGUGAUGCGCCGACUCGACCACGCCCACCAUGAGCUCCUUCCUCAUGAACGGUGGAUACCAACCGCAACCGGACCCCAAGUUCCCGCCUUCCGAGGAGUACAGCCAGGCAGACUACAUACCACCAGGGGAGUACUACCAACAUCAGCAUCUACAAUAUGGAUACCAACAUCAGUAUGCACCUGUGCAGAUCGGGACAGGAUAUGGUUAUGGAGGAUACUAUCACCCGUUGCCUCAGCACCCACCUGUGGCACCACCACCUCGGCCUCCUGAGCCCUCGCAUCCGUCUGACGCAGAUCACGGAUACGCACCGCCUCAUAGUGGAGAAGUAGCGCCAGGUCUUGCUGAACUUGGCUUAAGGUUAGAGAGGCACAUCGAAGAAGCAGCACCAGCUGGAAGGAAGCUUCAUGCACUCGGUCGUGAAGGGUCACCAGCUUCGGAGAUGGAUGAGGAAAGGCUCUUGCUAGAUAGUCCGCCGGUAGAAGACGACGACUCUUCCAUAUGCUCCGACAAUACAGACAGGGUCAUUUAUCCUUGGAUGAAGAAAAUACAUGUUGCUGGGGCCUCGAAUGGUUCGUUCCAACCUGGAAUGGAACCUAAACGGCAGCGAACAGCAUACACGAGACACCAAAUAUUAGAAUUGGAGAAAGAAUUCCAUUACAACAGGUAUCUAACGAGAAGAAGACGAAUAGAGAUAGCCCACACUCUAGUCCUGUCAGAAAGACAAAUUAAAAUCUGGUUUCAGAACAGACGGAUGAAAUGGAAAAAGGAUAACAAACUGCCCAACACCAAAAACGUUAGAAGAAAAACCAACCCAGCUGGAGUUACUACUACAGCUAAAGGGGGGUCCACACCAAAGAGUAGAUCAAAUAAGAAUACAAACAACAAUGACAAGAAAAAAUCUAAUAACAAUGGGAGACCAGACAGUAUAGAGAACGUAACUGAUAAUAUUAUGAAUGACUUACAUUGUGUUGGCUCGCAACAAAAUUUAUCGCAUGAUCCUGCUAUCAGUCCAAUGUCGCAUCCUGGGAAUCAAAUGAACACUGGCCAUCCAAUGACUCCACAUCAUCUUCAUAUGAUGAGUAUGCAUGGGAUGGAUCCCGGAAUGGUCGCUAAUCUCUCCACACACGGUUCGCCUGUUGGUGCCAAUGGUUGUGGAACAGGACUUAAUCCUGGUAGUCAGCCAGUGAUCAAAUCGGAUUACGGUCUCACCGCCUUAUAAUCUUUAAAGUAUAAAGAAGCUAUAUUUUCAUUAACGAACUCUGUAACAUUUACCAUUCCUUUGUGUUGAUAAGAUGUAAUAAAGUGAUGAUUAUUAAAUAUUAAGUUUAUUAUAAGUCGUGUAAGUAUUCCUAGGAUACCCAGUCAUAAUUGGAUGUUUGCGUAAUUACCUAAGUGGAAAACUCUACAAUGUCAAAAGUGUGAUUAAUAUUAUUUUAGGAUAGAUAUAAACAUCUCAAUGUCGAAUUUGUACAUUUCACUAUAAGUCAUUGUCUUGUACUAUAAGUCUAUUUAUUUAAUAAAAGUACUAAUUUUUAAGUAAGUAAACGCAGUAUUUUAUUUAUAAGACAAUUUUGUAGAAGUGAAUAAUUUUAUAAAAUCGUCACUAUGUUUCAAGUUACCAUUUCACUUAACAUUAGGUAUUCCAUGGUACCGAGUGGUAUUGAUUAUUCUGCGAAUACUUUAUAUUAAUACUCAUAACUUUGUUAAUGGUAUAACAUGAGCUAAGUAUUAAGUUAUUGUAUUUAAAAUCAUGGUAGAUACCAAUGAAAUGUAAAUGACAUAAAGUCAGUUGUACCAUAGAACAAAAUAAAAAAUAGAGAUGAGAUCCUGAGAACUCUCAAAAUGGUUAAUUAAAAAAAGAUUAUGAAUUCAGUUAAAAUAAAAAGUGAAGCACAAUUGCAGAUAGCGCAAAUAAAAUAGAUAGUAUUGAUUUCACUAAAAUUGUAUUUUAAUUACUUAUAUUUAAAAAUUAUAAACAAAACAUGAACACAGCUAGUUUACAAUUAUGAAUUUUAUAAACUACGAGAGUUAUUACUUGUAUUUCUUCUGAAUACUAAAUAAAACUUUUUACUACACCUACACUAAAAAAGGAUAUAGUGAAAAGAACAG